UGACUCCGGGCCGCAUGCGCAGUGUCCCCGCCGUAGUUGGGGUGGUUACCCCGCAGGUGUGAGCAGACCCAGGGCUCUGGGUUCUGUUCGCCCCGCCCCGCCCUCGCUUCCUUCCACCGGAGCGGGGUCGCAGCGUCCGGAGUCCCAACCGCUCCCCUCCUCCAGCUUCCCACCGCCGCGCGACUCUCAGGGCCAAAAUGAGUCUAUUUGGAACAACCUCGGGUUUUGGAACCAGUGGGACCAUGUUUGGAAGCACAACCACAGAUAACCACAACCCUAUGAAGGAUAUUGAAGUAACAUCUUCUCCUGAUGAUAGCAUUGGUUGUCUAUCUUUCAGCCCACCAACCUUGCCAGGAAACUUUCUUAUUGCAGGAUCAUGGGCUAACGAUGUUCGCUGCUGGGAAGUUCAAGAUAGUGGACAGACUAUUCCAAAAGCCCAGCAGAUGCACACAGGGCCUGUGCUAGAUGUCUGCUGGAGUGAUGAUGGGAGCAAAGUAUUUACAGCUUCAUGUGAUAAAACUGCCAAAAUGUGGGACCUCAACAGUAACCAAGCAAUACAGAUCGCACAGCACGAUGCUCCUGUUAAAACCAUACAUUGGAUCAAAGCACCAAACUACAGCUGUGUGAUGACCGGGAGCUGGGAUAAGACAUUGAAGUUUUGGGAUACGCGAUCGUCGAAUCCUAUGAUGGUUUUACAGCUCCCUGAAAGGUGUUACUGUGCCGAUGUGAUCUAUCCUAUGGCUGUGGUGGCAACUGCGGAGAGGGGACUAAUUGUCUACCAAUUGGAGAAUCAACCUUCUGAGUUCAGGAGGAUAGAAUCUCCACUGAAACACCAGCAUCGAUGUGUGGCUAUUUUUAAAGACAAACAGAACAAGCCGACUGGUUUUGCCUUGGGAAGUAUUGAGGGGAGAGUUGCCAUUCACUACAUCAACCCCCCAAAUCCUGCCAAAGAUAACUUCACCUUUAAAUGCCAUCGCUCUAACGGUACCAAUACUUCAGCGCCUCAGGACAUCUAUGCGGUAAAUGGAAUUGCAUUCCAUCCUGUACAUGGCACCCUUGCAACUGUGGGAUCUGAUGGUCGAUUCAGCUUUUGGGACAAAGAUGCCCGAACAAAACUAAAAACUUCAGAACAGUUAGAUCAACCGAUAGCGGCUUGCUGCUUCAAUCACAAUGGAAACAUAUUUGCGUAUGCUUCCAGCUACGACUGGUCAAAGGCCUGCUGCUCUCCUAUGUUCCUCCUUUGAGGUAAUCACCAUCCAGUCACUCAGCGUAAGUCUGGGGUCACCUUUGAUUCUGUCUUCCUCCCAGACCUGGACAGGCGCAGUCUGCACGUCGCUUGCAGUGCAUCUUGGCCAUUCAGCGCAUCUCUGAUGCUGGCCCUGGUCUGUGGGAGUGUGCACUGUCCCUUUGAGUGUUGGCUUAUGUGGGCCACGCAGCUGCCUUUUUUUUUUUUUUAGCAAGUUUACUGAGGUAUAAUUGAAAUGCAGCAAACUGCAUGUUUCAAGCGUACAGUUUGAUCUGUUAGCAUCUUUAUGUGCCCAUGAAACCAUCAUCAUGGUCACCACAGCAGUCCCCAUGUGUCAUGUAGUCCCCCUCACGCACACACACAACCAUUGCUCUGCUUUCUGUUACUGUAGCUAAGUUUGCAUUUCCUAUAAUUUUCUAUAAAUGGAGUCAGACACUACUUUUUUUGCCUGGCUUCUUUCCCUCAGCUCAGUGAUUUUGCAGUUCACCUGUGCUGUUGAGUGUGUCAGUUGUCGGUUCCUUUUUACUGCUGAGUCACGUUCUGCAGCGUGGCUGUGCCACCGUUUGUUUAUCCUCCCACCUGUGGAAGCCACACACUCAGCUUUGCAAAGAGCACAGCCUUUUGGUUCUGCCUGGCUGGGGCUGGGGCUGGAGCCAGGCUGUGGCCUGAAGCCUCAGUUUCCCCCUAGGGUCCUUUGGUGGAUUUCCUCUCAUUCACGUGCUCAGCCUGCAGCUGCACUGAACUCUGCAUCUUAGCUCACAUCCCACUCAGGGCCCUGCGCGUCACAAGCAUUGAAGAAAUAGUAAGUUGAAGAAGUGAGAAAGCUCAUUGCUUUGAAUGCUGUGCAGAAUGAAUUCAUCUGAGCAACUAAUGGCAGCCUGCACUGGGAGUUACUUAAAUUAUAAACUUAAUUCAAAAAUAAGUUGCUCCAGGAAUUUCCCAUUGUUCUUCGUUUAGGGACAGUUAUAUCCAGGGUGAAAUCAUGAUCACGUAUGGUUAAUGUUCAUAGCUUACUGCUUAAACAUAAUAAUUCAGAAAAGCUGCGCUUUGCAUAUGAUGAUGAGAAUUAAUGGUCAUUGUUGCUGAGCAAAACUUCUAGAACCAUCUCGACUGUCUGAAGAGAUGAGAAUAACAAGAACAAAACACGUCAUUGUAGUACAGUGCAGAUGCUCCCAGAGUCCCUUUCCCUCCCUGUUGAAGCCUUUGGAUCACCUGAGGCUCCCGCUACCCCUCUUUCGAACACAACUCUGUCGUGUCACUGUCGGCGUCACACUGCUCUGGCGGCUGCCAUUCCCCCCCUGCUGGAUGACGUGCAGAAGCCUCGGUCUGAUGUGCACCGCCCUUCAGAGUCUGGCCUGAUCUGACUCUUUGGGCUUCCCCUCGUGUCCUGCAACUCCCUCUCCACCCCCGUGAGCAUGAGCAGACACACCUGCUCCACGUGCUCCCCCUUCUGCCCGGCCUGUGCAGGACAGCCCUCCUGGGCCGUGCCCCCGUCCCCGUGACGUCGUGAGUCAGACGGCUCAUUUCUUCUGCGGAACCAAGUCAGAGCUCCCCUCCCACCACCUUCUCCAGAGGCCCUGCUUCCUGAGGGCAGUCAGUCACCUUGGUGUUAAAGAGGUGACAGCUUAAAACAGUCUCAGCACCGGAAGGGCAGGUAGGUAAGAGAUCAUCCCUCUAAACAGGAUAUGAAAGGGAAUUCCUAAGUCUUUAACCUUUUCUCUGAGGACUAAAGUUUGUAUUUAACAUUUGACUUUUCUUUCUCUCUACCUGAUUUUUUCCUGCAGAGAGAUUGUACUUCAUGCAUAUGGCGCAGGACUUGACAUAUAAAAAGUUCCCACAAAAUGCUAACUUUGCCUUUUUAAUAAUAAGAUCAUGUGUU